CAGUCACAAAGACCCGUUCCGUCGCUAAUUCGUUUCGCAACUUUCAACUUGUAGCAGGCAUGCUCAUCAAGAAAUAAUGUAUUAAUAGGUUAGAAAAACGAAAUUUUAGCGGUUAUUGCUCUAUUCCUCAUAAACCAUUUCCGUCAUUGAAGAAACAAGAAAAAUGAACCUCCGACAGUUUAUGGUACGCGGUCGUGUUUUGAAACUCUACCGAGAGUUUUUGCGAUCAAUAAAAGAAAUUCCAGAUCAGUCCAGCAAGCAGGAAUUGUUUGACUGGGUUCACAAGGAUUUCAGGAAAUUCAUGCAUGAAACUGAUGAGUUCAAAAUACGAUCUUUGAUUGUUAAUGGGGAGCGAUCUCUGAAAGAAUUGCAACAGAAUUUGGAAUUGAGUGGUGUAUCAUCGCUGAAUAAAAAAGAAAAAGCAGUCAAGAAACAACCAGUUGAAAAGUAAGGAAGAAUUCUUGUAUAAGAUAUCUUUUAUAUGUGUUGUAUUUGAAGAUUGUAAAUAAGACUGUAAUAAAUUAUUUUCAAAUCUAUUUGCUUUCAAUAGCCAUUAAAAAAGGAAUUAGACACUUGUAAAGUCAAUGAUUUUUUGCCAGGCUUUAUUUAUAUAACAUUUAAUUCUAAAUACAAGGUUCUUGAAUAAUACAACAGCACCAUAGUGGGAUGAAGACAUUGACAGUCUAACCAGUCUCUGAAACACUACUCUUGCAUAUUUGUCAGAUUAUAGCAGUUACCUAUAAUAUUAAUUUGUUGAAGUUGCAAGAUAAAGUCAAAGUAUCCUCUUGUAUUUUGUUUUGUUUGUACUUGGGAACUAAUUGUUGCUAUAUAAAUGAAAUGACACCCUGCAAUUCACAACUUUUAUAUGAGUAUCUUGCAAUAUUUUGUAAUAUUGUACGUCAUUUGUUAAGUACAGUUAGAUCAUUAUAUCACAUUCCUUAGAAAUACAUGUAAAUUUCACUUCUUUAUCUAAAAUUGCUAAGCAAUCCCAAUGAACUCUCAUAAAUCUCAACAACUUUUUCUAAUAUUCACAUCAUUGAAAAUAUCAAUGAAAGAUUUGUAUAACACGCCAGCUUUCAACUUCAUUAUACCUACUUAAUCUACAGCUUAACAGGUGUUAUUGUUUGUAAUUACUGUGAGUGAUAUCACACACACAUUUGUAACCAUACUCCUAAAAGUUACCUUCACAUUUCUAUUUAUAGACAGUUGAUCAAUGUUUACUCUAUUGAAAACUCUGCUUGGUUUUUAUGCUUUUCAAGUUACUUUUGGAAAACUUUAUCUUUUAUACAAUAGUCUCAGUUGCAUACAUUCAUUGCCCCUCUAAAACCAGCUAUGUUUACAUUUUAUAACAAUGAGUUAUGUACACUUUCAGGAAUAAGAAACCACUUAGAACCAUUUAAUUAUAAUAAAUAUAAUGAUGUAUUAAUGAGCUUGAUACAAAGAAAAAUAAUUAUUUGAGUGUUUUAUGUCCCCUGUAAAAUGACAUUCUCGGUUUUAGAGGUGAAACAAUGAUAUUUUCCUAACCUUUCCUGUAUAUUUAUUUUACCUUUGAAAGCAACAGCCACAGAAUUAUCCAGCAAAUUUAUAAAUUACUAAUAUUUUUAGAUUAUUCAUAAUUCCAUUAUGUGUAUUACUGUUAUUAUUAUCAGAGCCCAGAUGUUUUAGUAAAAUGCCUUUUGAACUUAACCAGAUUUUAAAUGCCUAUAAGUGGAAAAAGUUUUUUUUUUUCUUUUCAGGUUUUAGUUUGCUACUUCUUUUGUCAACUUUAACUCCCUAUUGCCCUCUUUUUUGCAAUUUAUUCAUUAAAUAAAGAAAAUGUUACACUCUUAAUAUUCUGGAAAAUAAUAGGUAAAAUCACAAACUAAAAUUAAUAACUAUAAUCUCUAUAGUUCCAACAUGCAAAAAACUAUACACAAGGAACUCAAGAUCUUGUACUAAACAGUUUGUAAAUAAUUUACCUCAUCUGAUGGAGUAUCUACGAAACUAGAGUGUAUGAGAAAAUUACACUCCAACUGAUACCACUUAAUUGAUGAAAACUAACUUUUUUGAUCUAUUGAAAAGAGAGGUGAUGCAAUUUUUGCUGGCAUUAGUUAUCUAAUAGUUACUUCUUACCUAUCAAUUCUUCACAUUUAAAAUUGUUCAGUGAAGUCAUGUUCAACUUUGGGAAAGGUUUAUGCUCACAAACAACAUAAAAUGUUUGAUUUCUGUGAAAACAGGAACACUUCCAUUUAGGGCAAUUAUAGCAGAAGCAGAUGAUUAUUAAGAAACUGUAAUAUGCAACAAUGUAAAAUUUUAUUAGUCCUUUUUAUAUAUUUUGUCUUUUCUGAAGAAAAAAAUAAUUUGUUUCUACUACUAAUAUUACUAUUAUUAUUAUUAUUAUUAUUAUUAUUAUUAUUAUUA